CUGAAACCUAAUGUAUAAGAAGAUUCCUGAUCCUGACAGCUAAGAGUUUACUUUAGCUGCCUUCAAUUCCUUCAAACAAUUGGUCCUUUUUAUUAUCCUCUCUGUUCACAUUUUACAAAAACAAAUAGUCUUGGAGCAACCCAUCACCAAUCUCUGAAUGGGAAGUCACGGAAACAGUUGGGCAGAUCAAUGGGGCAGUCAAAACGAUGUCGUAGAUGAUCAUGGGAGCAAAGGGAAAAACGGCGGCGGUGGCAGCGGUGGUAAGAAGAUGGAGAAGGUGACGGCGGUGGCAUCGGCGAGUUUUGGGAAGGCGAAAUCGGCGGCGGCGGUGGGGGCUGACAAAGCGAAGGCUGCGGCGGUGGUGGGUGCAAAAAAGGUGAAGAGUGGAACUUCAUUGGGGUUUAAAUGGAUUAAGGAAAAGUGCCAGAAAAAGUGAUUUUUUUUUAAUUUUUCAUUUGAAUCAUUCAAAGGUUUAGUUUAUAUAUGUAUACAGAUUGUUUUGAUGAAUGAAAUUGGAAUAUUUGAAUUC